AUGCUCUGCCUAGUCAUCAGCUGCCACGUGGCGGCGUCGGAGCGCAUCAAGAACGUGGUGGUGCUGAUGAUGGAGAACCGGUCGUUCGAUCACGUGCUGGGAUGGCUGCAGCCCCGCAACGCCGAAAUUGACGGCCUCGAUGGCUCCGAGUGCAACCCCAUCGUCGCCAGGGCUCGCGACGCGGAUCCGCCGGCCCCAUCAGGCGACCCGGGCGAUUCGGGCGAGUCGAGCCUGUCGGGUGAUUCGGCUGGCGGGGGCGAUUCGGGCGAGUCGAGCGUGUCGGGCAAUUCGGCUGGCGGGGUGACGUUCGAGCAAGUGUGCAUUAACGAUAAAGCGCGGUACAACUGCAGCGAGGAUCCCGACCACUCGUUCAAAGGCGUUCGCAAUCAGAUCUUCGGCGGGAAAUCGGUAGCUAAGGCCUCUUCUCGGCUUAUGCGGGGAUUCGCGCAGCAGGCGGAGGAGGUGCGCGCGGGGUUCUCCGCGGAGGUGAUGGCCGCCUUUCCGCCGGCCGCGCUCCCCGUGACCACCGCGCUCGCCACCAACUUCGCCGUGUGCGACCGCUGGUUCUCGUCCGUUCCGGGCCCCACCCAUCCCAACCGCUACUUCCUGCACGCCGCCACGUCCAAAGGGCUCCUGGCGGAGCGCAAGGCCGUGCUGCUCGCGGGCUUCCCCGCGCGCACCAUCUUCGACGUGCUCUCGCGCCGCAAGGUGUCCUUCGGCAUCUUCUACCACGACAUCCCCGCGUCGCUCGCGCUAUCUUCGUUGCGCCGGUGGAAGCACGCGCGCAGGUUCCGCCCGAUCGAGCUGUUCUACGCGCAGGCGCGGCUGGGGCGGCUGCCCGCGUACUCGUUCGUGGAGCCGCAGUACUUCGACUUCUCGCGCCAGCCGGGCAACGACGACCACCCGGGCCACGACGUGCGGCACGGCCAGCAGCUGAUUAAAGACGUGUACGAGGCGCUGCGCGCCGGGCCGCAGUGGCGCAACGCGCUGCUGAUCGUGACGUACGACGAGCAUGGCGGGUUCUUCGACCACGUGGCGCCGCCCAUGGCGGGCGUGCCGUCCCCCGACGACGUGGUGGGCGAGGAGGACGGCUUCAACUUCCGCCGCCUCGGCGUGCGCGUGCCCACCUUCGUCAUCUCGCCCUGGGUCGACAAAGGCAUGGUGAUCCACCGCCCACGAGGCCCGUACGCGACAUCGCAGUUCGAGCACACGUCGGUGGCGGCGACGCUGAGGGACGUGUUCGGGCUGACGGCCAAGCAGGACGUGCUCACCGCCAGGGACGCCUGGGCGGGCUCGCUCAUGCCCUUCCUCUCCCUGCGCUCCUCGCCCCGCACCGACUGCCCCCGAACCCUGCCCCCCGUGACGUCCCUAGGUGCCACGGCAGUGCCCUACACAUACAACGGCAGUGCGGCGCUGACAGCGCUGCAGCAGGACAUGGUGGCCAUCGCGGCCGCCCUCACCCCCGUGCCCGUGCCGCCCGCCGCCAUCGACGCCUUUGUCACCUCGCUGCUGCAGCACGAGGCAGGUGUGUUCGUGCGCGCUGCUGUCGCCCAAUUCCUGCUGCAGCAGGGCUCAGGGGGCGAUGGGGGAGGCGAUGGGGGGGAUGGGGGGAGUGGAGGGGCGGGCGUGCAGAUGCGCGUGAUGGCGUGCGACCGGCGCAAGUGGUGGUGCCGCACUGUGGUGGGCAUGCAGCGCCUCAUGGGGUUCCGUGACAGCAGCGGUGACGCGAGCAGUGAUAGCGGUGACAGCAGUGACAGCAGCGGUGGUGAUGAUGAUGCGGAUGAGAAGGAAAAGGAGAAGAAGAAACAGGAGGACAAGUGGAAACGGGAGGAGGAGAAGCGGAAGCGAGAAGAGAAGAGAAGGAAGGAGAAGGAGAGGCGGGAGAAGGAGAAGGAGCGGCGAGAGAAGGCGCAGAAGGGCACAUUAGUGGCGUCCGACGACAGCCUGUGA